AGGUGAUGCUCUGCUUUAAUCCUGCCAUCAUCACUGUCUUUGUGCUUCUCUCCGAAAGCACACAUGCCGUAUUUUAUGCGACGAAGAUGGAUGCUGUGUCGACCACAGGGUUGCCGCAUCUGCCCGAAUUGAAUCAAAGAAUUUUUCAUGAAAACGGAUUUCAUGGUGAAGUGAUUGGAUUUGCAGCAAAGCGUGAGGAGGAAUGUGGGAUCGUGCUGCUAGAUUACGGAAGCUACACAAACGGAGAUAUGUUUAAUCAUAUAUUGGAGAAACUUGAAGACACUCUAAAAGAUAACAAUACACUGGAUCAAGCUUUGCGCGCAAAGGUGUUUGCUGCACAAAAGGAACAAGCCUUGAAAGAACAUAUGGAAGAAAUGAGCAAACUAUUCGAAAGAUAUAGGAGUAACACGCCACAUUACAACACGGCGCAAGUAACAUUCUUUGGCGGACUUGGGCUCAUUGCUUUUGGAAUAGGAAUUGGGAUCGGAAAACUUGUAUAUAAUGGUGUAACAAGCCUGAUGCGUAGUUUUGUAAAAGGCGAGCAACUGCAGCACCUGGAUAUGGAGCUCAUAGCAAUUUACAAGAAACUUGAUAAUUUGGCAAAGAUAUUGGAAGUACAAAUUAACAAGAAUCGCUUUGAGUCCGUGUUUGCGCAUGUCAGAACGCAGCUGGUCUUUGCAGUACAAAACUCACUAAAUGACUUGUUCACUAUCGCAAGACUUAUGGGCGAGAAGCGUUUCAACGCAUCCAUGUUGAAGAAUAGAUAUUUUGCCGCUGGCAACACUUUGAUAGCUACAGUGAUCUCAAUGAACAAACACUUGAUGGAAGUAGAGGUUUGCUAUCCAAUCACAAAAGAGCAGGAUGUCGGAUAUCUAUUGCGCAUAGUGCCUUUAGGCAAAUUUAGCGACGAUGGCGAGACAGAAGAUUUUACGCUUGUGCAGCCACUGCUAAGAACCAUAGUGCUCGCUACCCGUUUGAAAAUUCCAGAGCCGGUCACCGUGGUAGAGAUACCGAAAGGUGGAGUACUCUAUGUGGGUCUAGCAGUGGUGGAGGCACGGGUGACAACAGACAAUUUGACAAUAGAGCUGCAAAUUACGUUACCAGUGUCAAAUAUGUCGUUUGAACCUAUCGUCGGUCCUGACGAUAAUCACGAUGAUGGAGCAGCAUGGUACAGCUAUGGAUGCCACUUGAAUAGUCUCUUACUUGCGACUUUCAGUUUGUUAAUUGCGCUUUCCUCAUUAUCAGAAUUUUAUGAACGUGUUGAGAGAAACAAAUAUGCGCUUCGUGCGGAAAUGGAUGUGGGAAUGCAAAGACUAGAAGAAAGCGUUCAAGAAAUGGGGCGCAGAUUAGAGUUAAGAGAUGCGAUGCAGCGUGAAGAAGAACCUGGUACAUCUUACGCUCACAUAGAAGAAGAUGCCCUAGAAAGAGAUAGUAGUGCGAUUGAUAUGAUGGAAGCCGAAUCCACAUCGAAGUCCCAAGCUAUACAAAGUUACGAGGCUAGUAAAGCAGCGAAGCAAGGUGGACCAGUGGAAAAAGUGUUCAAAACUGCGCCAAAUGUCGAACUUAUGUUCUGUUAUGAAAUGGAUGAUCAAGCACCAGGAUACUAUAAGGAGGACUACAUUGUGCCAAAGAAACAAAAGAAUAAAUGGCAGGGAAAAGUGGACGUCGAAUUGAAGUAUUAUCGUAAACUGGAUGGAAGGAUGCAUCCCUUGCUUAGAGAAUUUGAAGAAUAUAUUUCUGAAGCACUGCCGGAUGCUUUGGCAAGGAAAGGCAAUCCAUUGAAAAACGGUACAUGGGGUUAUGUGUCCUGUAUAAAUCGGUUUAUGCUUGCAGCUAUGAGAGCGCGAAAACGUAAGUUUAUAGACCUACGACUUGAACCAGUAGCCGGACGUGAACGUCGCGAUGUUUUAAAACAUGGCAAAAAACUAUUUCUGGACUAUAUGGCGAAACUGAAUGUCGAAGAAAAACAAACGCUAUCAUUUCAGGGUAUUGUACCCAGCGAAAAAAAAAAAGGUGAACCCUACUGUGUUGCUAGAGCUGUGGUUGAGCAUAAAGGAGUCGAAGAAGCUGUAGAGAAAAUAAUGAAGAUUUUUGAACAAAAAGGGACUUUGCAGCCAGCACAAUAUAACUAUGUGAUGGGUGCACUUUGGUGCUACAUUAUUCACUGCAAUACAAGCAGGAAUGAGUGUAUCUACAAAAUGAUGUAUGGAAGUAUUUGUCGGUCCGAAGAAGAAGAUGUAACUUCGGUGAAUGAAUGGGAGCGAACAGGGCUACAAGAGUUCGUCAUGGAUUUUGGCGAUGAAGUUGAAGAAAGGCUUUGGAUCAGCAGCUAUCCUCUUCCAAAGAGCAGAGCUAGGGCUGCACAAGAAAAGAUUCCAUUUUAUGGACAAUAUUUUGUUCUUGAUGAAAAGUCGAAAAAAUGGAUGGAUUAUUAUAUAAAGUUACGGAAUUACAUCAUUCGAAAGCAGCACUUAGAGGGAAUGACUGAACCACUUGCACCGUUCUUUCUGCAAUAUAGCGGAACGCGCGUUCAUCAGAUGACCGUUCCUCACGUAAUGAAACAAUUUCUGCGAGAUAGUGGAUUUGGAAACCUAAACCUUUCUUGUAACACGACAAGGCAUGCUAUAGCAGAUUUGCAGUACGAAAAUGAUUAUCAGCAAAAAAUAGAUGAGAUGGCAAAAGUGCCAGGAGUGGAUAAGGAAUGUGCACAUACGACAGGACAUUCGCAAGUAACCCAACUGAUAAACUAUCAGAAACGGUACCGAUACAGCUGCGCUUACGGUUACGUAAAGAUUCGGAAUUUCGGACGAAAAGAGGCUGCUAAAUAUCCUGAAUUAGUUCGAGAAGUAAAAAAAAAGUUCAAGCUUGCGAAUUUGGAACGUCGUAAACAUCUUGCCGACUUGGAAGAAGAAGAUUUAGAAAUGGAUGACUUUGACGAGGAUGAUGUGGUGGAAGAGGAAGGCGAUGAGGAAGAAGCAACGAGAAUUCUUUUGGAAGAGAAAGGCGAUGAGGAAGAAGCAACGAGAAAUCUUGAUGUCGCAGGAAAUAAGGGAGAUGGACAAACUGAGCCAAUCCUACGUGCUGAUACGAGACAACGAAGUUCGCGACCGCUUACGGAAACUGAGUCAUCGCCACGGAAACGCCCGAGGGUAUCGUUACCAGUGGAAGAUGUGCCGGGAGAAAUGCAAGCAUCGUCAUCUUCAUCACUCAAGCAAUUCGAUCGACCUCCAACGGACAACGAUGAGGGACUGGUGCAGCAUAUCGUUAUAGAAGAUGAAGACGACCACGAAGAAGAAGAAGAAGAAGAGAAAGAAAAAAAAAUCAGUAAGCUGAAUUUCAAGAUUACGGCGAAAAUUAGUGAAGCAAGUGCAGAGCCAAUAAUGAGUGAUGUGACAAGAGCAACUGCAAGUGAAACCGUCCAUGCCAUCCAUGAUGUAGCUGACACCACUAGAUACACGAUUUCCGAUCUCGAAAGACGGUUUGAGCCUCUUGAUCCAAGUUUGCACCUAGAGGCUUUGAAUGAAACACCUUACACGGGUGGUUUGACAAAGAUCGCGACUGUGCCUCAGCAGAACCAGUUUCUACGUCGAUCUCAUGCACAGCCUGUACAGGACUUUCCGUGGCUUGAAGUGCGUGAGAUGCCUACCAUCAAUGGACGAGGUGUUUACGCCAAGGUAGAUAUCGCUAAAGAAAUGGCGGUUGCUGAUGUUCGUGGCUAUCAAGGAAAGGUGGAAGACAUAAGAAAUUCUCUCAAAAAACUCAAUGAAGAGGAACGCCAUAAAGUAAUCAAGUAUUGGCAUGGAUUUAGAAGACGUGGUUGCGAUUUUAUCUUACUUGCACAUUGCGACUCAUACAAGGCAACAGUAACGCUUGGUCGACUUAUCAACCAGUCGAUAGAGCAUGCAAAUCUAGUCCUACGUUGUAUUCGCUUUGGCGAACGUCGUGUUCGAUGGUUGCAUUGUUUGGUAGCCAAACGUGAUAUCAAGGCUGGUGAGCAGUUAUUGUGGAACUAUGGGAGAACGGAGAGAAAUCCAAACAUACCUAACUUCCCAGACAAUUAUCCGUGCAUAUGUCAAGUGUGCGAUCCGGCUGCAACAGAAGAAGAGGAUCUUAGCUUACAUGAAAGGCCUGAAUUCGACAUUGGAGAACUUCUAUUUCUGGUGACACAGAAAGCGCGCGCAGUAGGAUUGCUACUGGAAAAAACUCCUGCUGCCGAUCCAAGAGUUGCAUUUGCAAUAAGCAGGCGUACUGUUUUCACUAAAAGUGAUGUAUUUCCGGACCCUGCCAUGUUUCUGGUAAAGGUUGCAUCUCCUUUGGCGCAGUUGCUACAAAUAGCGACGGAAGCUGCUUUUGAACACAUGGAAUCGGUUGUUCUUAUUCUCUACCGAAAGCGGAACGAUCCAAAACCGCUGGUUAUCUUGUUGGGUUCACGCCAUCUUGAGGAUGACGGUCAUCGUUACGGCUGCUGCGUAGCAGUUGUGGGCGAAGAAAUUUACGCAGUGGAAUGUCAGGCGGAAGCCAGAGCUGACGAAAUGCCAUUGCACUUGGAGUUAUUAGAAGCUGGCCCACUUACCCGUCAUUUUCCAUCACUAACAAUAGAGCCGUGGGAGACGAUACGCCGUAAGCCUAAGCUUACACAUGAACAAAUUAUGCAGCUCUUGCAAAAUAAAUAG